GAAGCGCCGAGAGCGCGGCCGGGACGGUUGGAGAAGAAGGCGGCUCCCGGAAGGGGGAGAGACAAACUGCCGUAACCUCUGCCGUUCAGGAGCCUGGUUACUUAUUUAUUCGUUACCCUUUUUCUUCUUCCUCCCCCAAACCUUUCCCUUUCCCCUCCUCUUUUUUUUUUCUUUUCGGGAGACGAAAAACCUCCGGAAAGGCGGAGGAGAGCUCCUUUCGCCCCUUUUCGUUUCCCCGCCUACUUCCCUCCCCCACCUUUCCCUCCUCCGGCUUUUUCCUCCCAACUCGGGGAGGUCCUUCCCGGCGGCCGCCCCGACGGGGUCUGAGCACCUAGGUGGAGGCGGCGCAGGCUUUUUGUAGUGAGGUUUGCGCCUGCGCAGCGCGCCUGCCUCCGCGAUGCACGGGGGUGGCCCCCCCUCCGGGGACAGCGCAUGCCCGCUGCGCACCAUCAAGCGAGUGCAGUUCGGCGUCCUCAGUCCGGAUGAACUGAAGCGAAUGUCCGUGACGGAGGGCGGCAUCAAAUACCCAGAGACAACCGAGGGAGGCCGCCCCAAGCUGGGGGGGCUGAUGGAUCCAAGGCAGGGGGUGAUCGAGAGGACUGGCCGCUGCCAGACGUGUGCAGGAAACAUGACAGAGUGUCCUGGCCACUUUGGCCACAUUGAGCUGGCCAAACCUGUGUUCCACGUGGGCUUCCUGGUGAAGACAAUGAAAGUUCUGCGCUGCGUCUGCUUCUUCUGCUCCAAAUUGCUGGUGGACUCUAACAACCCAAAGAUCAAGGACAUUUUGGCCAAGUCCAAGGGGCAGCCCAAGAAGCGGCUCACACACGUCUAUGACCUCUGCAAGGGCAAGAACAUCUGCGAGGGCGGCGAGGAGAUGGACAACAAGUUCGGGGUGGAGCAGCCCGAGGGCGACGAGGACCUGACCAAAGAGAAGGGCCACGGUGGCUGUGGGCGGUACCAGCCCAGGAUCCGGCGCUCCGGCCUGGAGCUCUAUGCCGAGUGGAAGCACGUCAACGAGGACUCGCAGGAGAAGAAGAUCCUGCUGAGUCCCGAGCGGGUGCACGAGAUCUUCAAGCGCAUCUCGGAUGAGGAGUGUUUCGUCCUGGGCAUGGAGCCGCGCUACGCCCGGCCCGAGUGGAUGAUCGUCACCGUGCUGCCCGUGCCCCCGCUCUCCGUGCGGCCCGCUGUGGUCAUGCAGGGCUCUGCCCGCAACCAGGAUGACCUGACGCACAAACUGGCCGACAUCGUGAAAAUCAACAAUCAGCUUCGGCGCAACGAGCAGAACGGCGCGGCGGCCCACGUCAUCGCCGAGGACGUGAAGCUCCUCCAGUUUCACGUGGCCACCAUGGUGGACAACGAGCUGCCCGGCCUGCCUCGCGCCAUGCAGAAGUCUGGGCGUCCUCUCAAGUCCCUGAAGCAGCGGUUGAAGGGCAAGGAAGGCCGCGUGCGGGGGAACCUGAUGGGCAAGCGGGUGGACUUCUCGGCCCGCACCGUCAUCACCCCCGACCCCAACCUCUCCAUCGACCAGGUCGGCGUGCCUCGCUCCAUCGCCGCCAACAUGACCUUCGCAGAGAUCGUCACCCCCUUCAACAUUGACAGGCUUCAGGAGCUGGUGCGCAGGGGGAACAGCCAGUACCCGGGAGCCAAGUACAUCAUCCGGGACAACGGCGAUCGCAUUGACUUGCGUUUCCACCCCAAGCCCAGUGAUCUUCACCUGCAGACUGGCUAUAAGGUGGAACGGCACAUGUGUGACGGGGACAUAGUUAUCUUCAACCGGCAGCCAACUUUGCACAAAAUGUCCAUGAUGGGACAUCGAGUCCGGAUCCUCCCCUGGUCUACUUUUCGCUUGAACCUUAGUGUGACAACUCCGUACAAUGCCGACUUUGAUGGGGAUGAGAUGAACUUGCACCUGCCGCAGUCCCUAGAGACACGGGCGGAGAUCCAGGAGCUUGCCAUGGUGCCACGCAUGAUUGACCCCCAGAGCAAUCGCCCUGUCAUGGGCAUUGUGCAGGACACGCUGACUGCAGUGCGCAAAUUCACCAAGAGGGACGUCUUCCUGGAGCGGGGGGAGGUGAUGAACCUGCUGAUGUUCCUGUCCACGUGGGACGGCAAGGUCCCGCAGCCAGCCAUCCUGAAGCCCCGGCCCCUGUGGACGGGGAAGCAGAUCUUCUCCCUCAUCAUACCCGGCCACAUCAACUGUAUCCGCACCCACAGCACCCAUCCUGAUGACGAGGACAGCGGCCCGUACAAGCACAUCUCUCCUGGGGACACCAAGGUGGUGGUGGAGAACGGGGAGCUGAUCAUGGGCAUCCUGUGUAAGAAGUCUCUGGGCACGUCCGCUGGCUCCCUCGUCCACAUCUCUUACCUUGAGAUGGGUCACGACAUCACUCGCCUCUUCUAUUCCAACAUUCAGACCGUCAUUAACAACUGGCUCCUCAUCGAGGGUCAUACCAUUGGCAUCGGGGACUCCAUUGCUGAUUCUAAGACUUACCAAGACAUUCAGAACACUAUUAAGAAGGCCAAGCAGGAUGUAAUAGAGGUCAUCGAGAAGGCGCAUAACAACGAGCUGGAGCCCACCCCCGGGAACACUCUGCGGCAGACCUUUGAGAACCAGGUGAACCGCAUUCUCAAUGAUGCCCGAGACAAGACUGGCUCCUCCGCCCAGAAAUCCCUGUCUGAAUACAACAACUUUAAGUCUAUGGUCGUGUCUGGGGCCAAAGGUUCCAAGAUCAACAUCUCCCAGGUCAUUGCUGUCGUCGGGCAGCAGAACGUGGAGGGCAAGCGGAUCCCAUUUGGAUUCAAGCACCGGACUCUGCCUCACUUCAUCAAGGAUGACUAUGGGCCCGAGAGCCGUGGCUUUGUGGAGAACUCCUACCUGGCCGGCCUCACACCCACCGAGUUCUUCUUCCACGCCAUGGGGGGUCGUGAGGGGCUCAUCGACACAGCGGUCAAGACUGCCGAGACUGGCUACAUCCAGCGACGGCUGAUCAAGUCCAUGGAGUCGGUGAUGGUCAAGUACGACGCCACCGUGCGGAACUCCAUCAAUCAGGUGGUGCAGCUGCGCUACGGCGAGGACGGCCUGGCCGGCGAGAGCGUCGAGUUCCAGAACCUGGCUACCCUGAAGCCCUCCAACAAGGCUUUCGAGAAGAAGUUCCGCUUCGAUUAUACCAACGAGCGGGCCCUGCGGCGCACGCUGCAGGAGGACCUGGUGAAGGAUGUGCUCAGCAACGCGCACAUUCAGAACGAGCUGGAGCGAGAAUUCGAGCGGAUGCGUGAGGACCGGGAGGUGCUCCGGGUCAUCUUCCCAACGGGCGACAGCAAGGUGGUCCUCCCCUGUAACCUGCUGCGCAUGAUCUGGAACGCCCAGAAGAUCUUCCACAUCAACCCUCGCCUCCCCUCCGACCUGCACCCCAUCAAGGUGGUAGAGGGAGUCAAGGAGUUGAGCAAAAAGCUGGUGAUUGUGAAUGGGGACGACCCACUGAGCCGGCAGGCCCAGGAGAACGCCACCCUGCUCUUCAACAUCCACCUGCGGUCCACGCUGUGCUCCCGCCGCAUGGCCGAGGAGUUUCGGCUCAGUGGAGAGGCCUUUGACUGGCUGCUCGGAGAGAUCGAGUCCAAGUUCAACCAAGCCAUUGCCCAUCCCGGAGAGAUGGUGGGAGCUCUGGCUGCACAGUCCCUUGGAGAACCCGCCACCCAGAUGACCUUGAACACCUUCCACUAUGCCGGUGUGUCCGCCAAGAACGUGACCCUGGGUGUGCCCCGCCUUAAGGAGCUCAUCAACAUUUCCAAGAAGCCAAAGACCCCCUCGCUCACUGUCUUCCUGCUGGGCCAGUCUGCUCGAGAUGCCGAGAGAGCCAAGGACAUUCUGUGCCGCCUGGAACAUACAACAUUGAGGAAGGUGACGGCCAACACAGCCAUCUACUACGACCCCAACCCCCAGAGCACAGUGGUGGCAGAGGACCAGGAAUGGGUGAAUGUGUACUAUGAGAUGCCCGACUUCGACGUGGCCCGAAUCUCCCCCUGGCUUCUGCGGGUGGAGCUGGACCGGAAGCACAUGACUGACCGGAAGCUGACCAUGGAGCAGAUUGCCGAAAAGAUCAAUGCUGGUUUCGGUGACGACCUGAAUUGCAUCUUUAAUGACGAUAAUGCAGAGAAGCUGGUACUCCGUAUCCGCAUUAUGAACAGUGAUGAAAACAAGAUGCAAGAGGAAGAAGAGGUGGUGGACAAGAUGGAUGACGACGUCUUCCUGCGCUGCAUCGAGUCCAACAUGCUGACCGACAUGACCCUGCAGGUCGAGCAGAUCAGCAAGGUGUACAUGCACCUGCCGCAGACGGACAACAAGAAGAAGAUCAUCAUCACGGAGGACGGGGAGUUCAAGGCCCUGCAGGAGUGGAUCCUGGAGACGGACGGCGUGAGCCUGAUGCGCGUGCUGAGCGAGAAGGACGUGGACCCUGUGCGCACCACGUCCAAUGACAUCGUGGAGAUCUUCACGGUGCUGGGCAUCGAGGCCGUGCGGAAGGCCCUGGAGCGGGAGCUGUACCACGUCAUCUCCUUCGAUGGGUCCUACGUCAAUUACCGGCACCUGGCUCUGCUGUGUGACACCAUGACCUGUCGUGGCCACUUGAUGGCCAUCACCCGACACGGGGUCAACCGCCAGGAUACGGGCCCUCUCAUGAAGUGCUCCUUUGAGGAAACGGUGGACGUGCUCAUGGAAGCAGCCGCGCACGGAGAGAGCGACCCCAUGAAGGGCGUGUCGGAGAACAUCAUGCUGGGCCAGCUGGCCCCGGCCGGCACCGGCUGCUUUGACCUCCUGCUCGACGCCGAGAAGUGCAAGUACGGCAUGGAGAUCCCCACCAACAUCCCCGGCCUGGGCGCCGCCGGCCCCACUGGCAUGUUCUUCGGCUCGGCACCCAGUCCCAUGGGAGGAAUUUCUCCAGCCAUGACCCCCUGGAACCAGGGUGCAACUCCGGCCUAUGGCGCCUGGUCUCCCAGCGUCGGGAGCGGGAUGACCCCAGGGGCAGCCGGCUUCUCUCCCAGCGCUGCUUCAGAUGCCAGCGGCUUCAGCCCCGGUUACUCCCCAGCCUGGUCUCCCACGCCAGGUUCCCCGGGCUCCCCGGGCCCCUCAAGCCCGUACAUCCCCUCACCAGGGGGUGCCAUGUCUCCCAGCUACUCCCCGACGUCGCCCGCCUACGAGCCCCGCUCCCCUGGGGGCUAUACUCCCCAGAGUCCCUCUUACUCCCCCACCUCCCCCUCCUACUCCCCUACCUCUCCAUCUUAUUCUCCAACCAGUCCCAACUACAGUCCCACCUCGCCCAGCUACUCCCCAACCUCUCCCAGCUACUCGCCCACCUCACCCAGCUACUCCCCGACCUCCCCCAGCUACUCGCCCACCUCGCCCAGCUACUCACCCACUUCUCCCAGCUACUCGCCCACCUCGCCCAGCUACUCGCCCACCUCCCCCAGCUACUCGCCCACCUCGCCCAGCUACUCACCCACUUCUCCCAGCUACUCGCCAACUUCCCCCAGCUACUCGCCCACCUCGCCCAGCUACUCGCCCACAUCUCCCAGUUACUCUCCGACAUCCCCCAGCUACUCACCAACUUCCCCAAGUUACUCACCCACCAGCCCUAACUAUUCUCCAACCAGUCCCAAUUACACCCCGACGUCACCCAGCUAUAGCCCGACGUCACCCAGCUACUCACCUACUAGUCCCAACUACACGCCCACAAGCCCCAACUACAGCCCAACCUCGCCGAGCUACUCCCCCACUUCGCCCAGCUACUCCCCGACCUCGCCGAGCUACUCCCCUUCGAGCCCACGAUACACCCCCCAGUCUCCCACCUAUACCCCAAGCUCCCCCAGCUACAGCCCCAGCUCCCCCAGCUACAGCCCUACCUCGCCCAAGUACACCCCAACCAGUCCUUCCUACAGCCCCAGCUCGCCGGAGUACACCCCGACCUCUCCCAAGUACUCGCCCACCAGCCCCAAAUACUCGCCAACCUCUCCCAAGUACUCGCCCACCAGCCCCACCUACUCGCCCACCACCCCCAAAUACUCGCCAACGUCUCCUACUUACUCACCAACCUCUCCGGUCUAUACCCCAACCUCCCCCAAGUAUUCACCCACUAGCCCCACUUACUCGCCCACCUCCCCCAAGUACUCGCCCACCAGCCCCACCUACUCACCCACGUCCCCCAAAGGCUCCACCUACUCGCCCACCUCUCCUGGCUACUCGCCCACCAGCCCCACCUAUAGCCUCACCAGCCCAGCCAUCAGCCCGGACGACAGUGAUGAGGAGAACUGAGGGUGAGCAGUGCCCAGUGGCACCUGGCUAGGUGAAGGGUGGCUUCUGGGGGCUCUGCCGUCCUCUCCCUUCCCCCCCGGGGUGCAGUCCCCAUCCAGCUCCCUUGUACAUAGUUUCUUGUGACAAAGUUGCCAUUGAAGUUCUGGUCCCAUUUCCGCUGGGGCUUUUGUCUUGUUCUCCGCUUGUGCUGUCACCUGGCUGUGGUGUCUCCUUCCUGCCCCACCUACCCCAGGCCUGUCCCAAAUCCAGGAUCCCUUCUUGCCUGUGGCUUGACUGAGGGGGUAAAGGGUAUUUUAACUUCUUAGGGGUAGUUCCUACUCUGGGUCGUUACAUCUGAUCUUUGGAAAGAACAAAGCGAAAGCUGCCUUUUGUCUGUUAUUUUAUUUUUUGAAGUUUAAAUAAAGUUUACUAAUUUUGACCAAAA